AUGCGUUUCAUCCUCAGCACCCUCGCCGCGGGCCUUCUCGCCACCGCGCCCCUAGCCCUCGCCCAAGACUGCAGCUCCGUGGUGUGCGUGCUAGGCGACGGCGCGUGCAACCGCGUCUGCGAGAUGGAGGGCCACACCGAGGGCGGCAAGUGCGUGCCGCGCGACGGCUGCCCCGCGGGCUCCGAGAUUUGCGUCUGCGGCGCCAAGAAGGCCAAGCGUGCCGUCGUCGCCGCCGACGGAGACGAGCUGCUCGCGCGCGCGCUAGACGGUGUGGCGACCGUGGAUCAGUUCGUGGAUGCCGUGUUUGAGAAGAGGGAUGGGUCGGAGGCCGCGGUCGACAAGCGCAGCGUCUGCUGCAGCUUCCCGGACCCGGUUGGUGGCCUCUGCUGCGAGGCGCACUGCCAGCAGAUUGGGCACCUUGAGGGCGGUCAGUGCACUGCGCAGAACGUUUGCGUCUGCGGUUAA